GCUGAUCCACGCGUGAAGCCCGAUUUAUCAGCCAUUGAGCCAGCACGGAAGAGGAACAGACAGAGAGAGAGAGAGCGAGAGAGAGGAAAGGAGAGGCUCAGAGAACAAGAGAGAAAACUAGAGCAGGCUGACUGGUGCAGAAGGAUCCGCUGCUGAAUCUCAUCACCUGUAUCCAGCGCUCCGCUGCCUGGCAAAGAUGAACCACAGCUCCAGUGAAAAAGAGCCAGAGACCAUAGAGCCACUGCGCUACCUCAGUAAAAAGGAGAUGGCUGCUGUUGAGAGUGAGCUUCUGAGGGACUAUCGCUUUGGACAGCAGCAGCUGAUCGAGAUAUGGGGUCAUGCCAGCGCCAUCGCCAUCACCAAAGCCUAUCCUCUGAGCUCUCUGAGCAAGAAACAGCCGACAGUGCUGGUUAUUUGCGGGCCGGACCAGAAUGGCUCCAUUGGGCUGGUGUGUGCCCGUCACCUGCGCAUAUUUGAGUACGAGCCCACCAUCUUUUAUCCCAAGCGCUCCCCCAAUAGCUUACAUCAGGACUUCACUGUUCAGUGCGAGAAGAUGGAUAUUCCUUUCCUUUCUUAUCUUCCAACUGAGGUCCAGCUCAUUAAUGAUGCCUAUAAUCUGGUGAUUGAUGCUAUCCUGGGCCCAGAAACAGAUCUAAAGGAUGUGAAGGAGCCCUAUUCUGGAAUUUUGCUUACUCUUAAACAGGUGAAGAUACCCAUCGCCAGUGUGGACGUGCCCUCAGGCUGGGACAUAGACGAAGCAAGUAAAGAUGGGAUAAAUCCGGAAGUUCUCAUCUCUCUGACGGUCCCCAAGAAGUGUGCCACGAGUUUCUCUGGGAAGCACUUUCUGGCUGGACGCUUUCUUCCAUAUGACAUGCAGAAAAAAUACGAACUCAAUCUGCCCGAAUUUCCAGGCACAGAGUGUCUUAUAGAAUUGUAACACUUGCACAACAAAGUUCAUAUUUUGGAUAAAUAAGGAUAAUAUAUAUACACUUUUUUUGUAUUUUAUAGAUCGUUACUGUGGUAUACUGUUGUCUAGAACUUUGUGCGCUGAGACUGUUGUGGUUGCUGAAUAUGAUACAAAUAGUGCGGAGCUGAACUUUUUUUGCCGUUUGCUUGAAAAUGGAGAUUUUUUUUGUAGCACGUUUGUGCUAUUUUUCAUUAUAGGAGAACGUCUGUUGCACUUUGUAUGGCUUUUUCCCUUCAUUCCCUUUUUUAUAGUUAAAAAUUUAUUUUGGGGCUUUAGAGGCUGUUAACUCCUUUGUUUAAAAAGCUGGUGAAUGCAUUCAAAGAGUCUUGAUAGAGCCUCAUAUCUGGUGUACAACCUAUAAUUUUAGUGGAUAAUUAUUUCUGCAGGCAGUUUUUAUAAUAGCUGUAGUAACAAUUGUACAUUACAGAUGUCUCUAUUUUUUCUUUUUUUAUUAUUUUAGAGACAAAUGCUUGAAAAUUAGCCCCUUUGAAUGGCUCAAAGCUGCCCCGACAGACUGAAGCUUAUAAACCUUUGUAUGGUUACAUGGUAGGUAGAUCAGUAUAUAGCUGUAGUUUCCUAGUUUGGAUUGUGCUCAUGGCCAGUUUAGAUCCUGAAUUCAAAUAAAUUCUCUAUGAAAAUGCUAA